UUUUUGUUGGAUUUUUGUGAGAGAUAUCAAACUAGAAUUCUGAAGGAAUUCAAUUCCUCUAAAAGUCACAUCGGAAAGCAAUUAUCAUGAAUAUAUUCCUAGGUGGAGUGGACACUGGAGCAAUAGUAUUAGUCUGGGCUAUGGCAGAACUUGUCAGAAAUCCUCGAGUUAUGAGAAAAGCACAAGAAGAAAUCAGACGAUUAAUUGGAGACAAAACAAAAGUAUCUGAAAGAGAUAUUAACAAGCUUGAAUACCUAAAGAUGGUGGUGAAGGAAACACUGAGAUUGCACCCACCAGGAACACUACUAAUUACGAGAGAAACCAUGUCACAAUUUAGCAUCAAUGGCUAUGAAAUUUAUCCCAAAACUCGAGUCCAUGUCAAUGUAUGGGCAAUUGGAAGAGAUCCAAAAACUUGGAAAAAUCCCGAAGAAUUCUUUCCAGAGAGAUUUAUUGAUAACUCCAUUGAUUUUAGAGGGCAAAAUUAUGAAUUUUUACCAUUUGGUGGUGGCAGGAGAGUCUGUCCUGGUAUAACUAUGGCAUUGUCUUUGGUGGAGAUUGCGCUUGCAAACCUUUUGUUUUGCUUUGAUUGGAAGUUACCUGGCAAUAUGAAGGAGGCAGACAUUAAUAUGGAAGAGGCAUCUGGUUCUGGGGCAUCUGGUUCUGGCCUUACUACUCAUAAGAAAGAAGCUUUAUUGCUUGUACUAAUUAAAUAUGAACUUGCAUGAAAAAGAAUAAAUGUCUCAAAUAGCCUGCUAUGUUUAAUAUAAUGUUAGUACGCAUGUGCUUAGUAGUCUUCUUAUUGGUUU